AUGGCGCUUCCGUCUCUGUUCCGGGCAGGCGGCGACGCGACCGCCGCAUCGAGACUUGCGCCGCCGACGUGUUUCACCUCCCGCCUCCGCUUUCUCACGCCCCCGCUCGCCCUACGCUCAUAUACACCAUGGCAUCCUCCCCUCACCGCACUGUCGUCAUUCUGUCCCCGCAGGCUCCACUUGCAGCGCGAUGUCCACGCUCCGUCCUUGUAUAAGUCGAAGAUGCUUGCUGCUCUCACGUCGCUGCUGCUGUUGGCUGCAUUCAUUCUGUUGCUCCUAGUCUCUCUUUCUGUGCCCAUCAUCAAGUCCAUCUUCCUCUUUCAUCUCACCGCCCAUCCCGCCUCCUCCGUCUCCGGGGUCAGUCCAAGUGGCAAUGCAUGGUUUGGCGUGUGGGGGUACUGCGUCUCUCCCGUCGACGUCUCUAUCCUCGGCACUAAUAUCGGCACCACGGCGCAGUGUUCCAGUCCCCAGCUGGGCUACGACCUCAACAACUCCAUCCUUAGUGCCCUUCAGGUCUCUGGUAUCAACCUCAGCAGCGGCACCAUCUCCCGGGCCGUCACUGCUCUUUUGGUCCUACACCCCAUCGCUUGCGGACUGGCCUUCCUCACCUGGGUUAUCUCUCUCUUCAUGAUCCGCCGGCGGCCCGAUGGUGGCAUAUCUCGCAGCGCCUCUAUUUGCACACUCACAAUUGGCUUUCUCUCCAUGCUUGUUACCACUGUCGCGUUUCUCGCGGAUGUGAUCUUCGUCGCCGUUGUCCGCGACCGAGUGCAGAAUGAGUCCAACGGCAUCCUGACCCUCACCUGGGGCAAUGCGGUGCGUGUCAUCCUGUCUCCGAAAUGCGAUAUAAGCGCCAUGAUCGACUGA